CAUAAAGCAUGAAGCUGAAAUGAAUAUACCACAGCUGACGUAUAAAAAUAAAUUUUGUGGCUUGUUAUGUAUUUUAUGUCGCUCUCUAAUACUAGUCUUUUAGCUACUACGACGUGUUCGUGCUAAAUAAAUAAAUCGACACAGUAUUGGGAGAGUUUGAUUAGAAGGCGGUAUGGCGGGAGUGAUCCGGAGGCUGGAUGAGACUGUGGUGAAUCGCAUUGCUGCAGGUGAAGUCAUUCAGCGACCUGCUAAUGCCAUCAAAGAAAUGAUUGAGAACUGUCUGGAUGCGAAGUCCACCAACAUUCAGGUGACUGUUAAAGAAGGAGGGCUGAAGCUCAUCCAGAUUCAGGAUAACGGCUCUGGAAUCAGGAAAGAAGACAUGGAAAUUGUCUGUGAGCGGUUUACAACGAGCAAGCUUCAGACUUUUGAAGAUCUUUCAUCUAUUUCAACUUAUGGUUUCAGGGGAGAGGCACUUGCCAGUAUAAGUCAUGUAGCACAUGUUACAAUUACCACAAAAACAGCGGCUGGAAAAUGUGCCUACAGAGCAAGCUACUGUGAUGGAAAACUGAAAGGCCCAGUGAAACCUUGUGCUGGAAAUCAAGGGACACUGAUCUCAGUAGAAGACCUGUUUUAUAAUGUACAAAUCCGAAGAAAAGCUCUUAAAAGCCCGAGUGAAGAAUAUUCCAAGAUUCUGGAAGUAGUGAGUAGAUAUGCCAUUCACAAUUCUGGAAAAAGUUUUACUGUCAAAAAGCAAGGAGAAAUGGUGGCUGAUGUGAAAACUUUACCCAAUGCUUCAGUUUUGGACAACAUUCGUGUGGUGUUUGGAGUAGCUCUAAGCAGGGAGAUGAUUGAAGUGGAGUGCGAGGAUCAGAAGCUUGCUUUCAAACUGAAGGGAUUUAUUUCGAAUGCCAACUACUCGGUCAAAAAGUGUGUCCUGAUUCUGUUCAUCAACCAUCGUUUAGUGGAAUCCAGUGCCUUGAAGAAAGCAAUUGAGACCGUCUAUACAGCAUAUCUUCCCAAAAACUCACAUCCUUUUCUUUAUCUCAGUUUAGAAAUUGCACCUCAUAAUGUUGAUGUGAACGUGCAUCCCACCAAGCAUGAAGUGCACUUCCUCCAUGAAGACUGCAUCAUUGGAAACAUUCAAAAACACAUCGAAAGUAAACUACUUGGCUCCAAUUCUUCCCGCACUUAUUUUACACAGACUUUACUUCCUGGACUGUCAGUGUCUGUCAGUAAUGUAAAAAGCUCAAGCAGUUCAACAGCUGACUCAAAUGAGCAUGUCUAUGCCAAUCAAAUGGUGCGGACUGACAGCAAGGCCCAAAAAUUAGAUGCUUUUCUACAGCCCGCAAAAAACCUUUCUUCAGUUCCCCCUGUCGUAGCAAGUGCUGCAGAGACGCACUCAGCUGCUGCAGAGGUGAUUGAAGCUGAAAUAAAUAAUGGUCCUGAGGAGUUGCUAACCAGUUCCACAAAUGACAUGCAGACUGAUGGUGCACAUGUCCAGUCAGAGGCCCCCAUGAGGAAACGGCCUCAUGUUGAUGCUGAUAAGGAAAAGGGGGACGCGACAGUGGCCUGCACUCCCCAGAGACGAGUCAUCAAGCUAACCAGUGUAAAGGAGCUGCAAAAUGAAAUCACAGAACAAGCUCAUCAAGGUUUGCAGGAGAUGUUACAAAAUCAUUCAUUUGUAGGAUGCGUAAAUCCACAGUGGUCUCUAGUUCAACACCACACCAAACUGUACAUGUUAAACAACACCAAACUCAGCCAGGAGCUGUUUUACCAGAUUUUGAUGUAUGAUUUUGGUAACUUCGGUGUUCUCAAAUUGUCGAAUCCAGCCCCUCUGUAUGACUUAGCCAUCUUGGCACUGGACUCAGAGGAGAGUGGCUGGACAGAGGAGGAUGGGCCUAAGGAAGGACUGGCCCAGUAUAUAGUAAAUUUCUUGAAAAAAAAAGCUGAAAUGUUGGAAGAUUACUUCUCCAUGAAGAUAGAUGAGGAAGGGAAUCUGGUUGGUCUGCCACUUCUGCUGGAUAACUAUACUCCUGCAAUGGAGGGUCUGCCCUUGUUCAUUCUGCGCUUAGCUACAGAGGUUAACUGGGACAGCGAGAAGGAUUGUUUCCAUGAUUUCGGUAAAGAGUGCAGUUACUUUUACUCCAUAAGAAAAGAGUACACACUGGAGCCAGAGGCGGGAACAGAGCUUGGAGAGGCAGAGCCAAGCUGGCAGUGGAAGGUUGAACACGUUCUGUUCAAAGCACUGCGGUCUCUCUGUCCCCCAAAACACUGCAGUGAAGAUGGAAGUAUCCUGCAAAUAGCCAACCUGCCAGACCUCUACAAAGUGUUUGAGAGAUGCUAAAUCCUGCUAUUGAAAGGAAUACAUUAAUAAUUUCACGUGUGCUUUGAUGGUAGAAAUCAUUCGUGAAAGCCUGCCUUUGUUUGCCCAUAUUCAUAUUCUCUUCAUUUGAUGGCUUUGUAACAUGGAUUUUGGCUUUUGUAGAAGAAAAUUUGUAUAUAAAUGUUUAUACUUUUUUGAUAAGUUUUCACAUUAUAAUGUGUUUAAUAACCAAUAAAUCUUACAC